AUGAGGGCCGAGAAAACAGAAGUCCUCAGUGAAGAUCUGUUACAGAUCGAGCGGCGCCUGGACACGGUUCGGUCAGUGUGCCACCACUCCCACAAGCGCCUGGCGGCAUGCUUCCAGGGACACGGCCCCGACGUGGAGAAGAGAUACAGAAAACUCCCCCUGACGGCGCUCGCUCAGAACAUGCAAGAAGCAUCGACUCAACUGGAAGACUCUCUGCUGGGGAAGAUGCUGGAGACAUGUGGUGAUGCUGAGAACCAGCUGGCUCUAGAACUUUCUCAGCAUGAAGUCUUUGUGGAGAAAGAGAUUGUGGAGCCUCUCUGCAGCAUAGCAGAGUUGGAUAUUCCCAACAUCCAAAAACAGAGGAAACAGCUCGCUAAAUUGGUGUUAGACUGGGAUUCGGUCAGAGCCAGGUGGAACCAAGCUCACAAAUCCUCAGGAACCAACUUCCAGGGGCUUCCAUCAAAAAUAGACACCCUAAAGGAAGAGAUGGAUGAAGCUGGAAAUAAAGUAGAGCAGUGCAAGGACCAGCUUGCAGCGGACAUGUACAACUUUAUGGCCAAAGAAGGGGAGUAUGGCAAAUUCUUCGUUACGUUAUUAGAAGCCCAAGCAGAUUACCAUAGAAAAGCAUUAGCAGUCUUAGAAAAGGCCCUUCCCGAAAUGCGAGCCCAUCAAGAUAAGUGGGCGGAAAAGCCGGCCUUUGGGACUCCUUUGGAAGAACACCUGAAGCGGAGCGGGCGUGAGAUCGCACUGCCCAUCGAGGCCUGCGUCAUGCUGCUCCUGGAGACGGGCAUGAAGGAGGAGGGUCUUUUCCGAAUUGGGGCUGGGGCCUCCAAGCUAAAGAAACUGAAAGCUGCUUUAGACUGCUCCACUUCUCACCUGGAUGAGUUCUACUCAGACCCCCACGCUGUAGCAGGUGCUUUAAAGUCCUAUUUACGGGAACUACCUGAGCCUCUGAUGACCUUCAGUCUGUAUGAAGAAUGGACCCAAGUGGCAAGUGUGCAGGAUCAAGACAAAAAACUUCAAGAUUUGUGGAGAACAUGUCAAAAGUUGCCACCACAAAAUUUUGUUAACUUUAGGUAUUUAAUCAAGUUCCUCGCAAAGCUUGCUCAGACCAGCGACGUUAAUAAAAUGACUCCCAGCAACAUUGCGAUUGUGUUAGGCCCUAACUUACUGUGGGCCAAAACUGAAGGGUCGCUAGCUGAAAUGGCAGCGGCCACAUCUGUCCACGUGGUUGCGGUCAUCGAGCCCAUCAUUCAGCACGCCGACUGGUUCUUCCCUGAAGAGGUGGAAUUUAACGUCUCGGAAGCAUUCGUGCCUCUCGUCACCCCAAAUUCCAAUCACUCAUCUCACACUGGAAAUGACUCUGACUCAGGGACGCUCGAGAGGAAGCGGCCUGCCAGCAUGGCAGUCAUGGAAGGGGACUUGGUGAAGAAGGAGAGCUUUGGUGUGAAGCUUAUGGACUUCCAGGCCCACCGGCGAGGUGGCACUCUAAAUAGAAAGCACAUAGCCCCAGCUUUCCAGCCGCCACUCCCACCCACAGAUGGCGGCACCUUGGCUCCUGCGGGCCCAGAGCCCCCUCCCCAGAGCUCUAGGGCUGAAAGCAGCACAGGGGGUGGGGCUGUCCCCUCCUCUGCGGGCACACUGGAGCAGGGGCCAAGCCUGGGCAACAGUCCGCCGAAACCCAAGGACGCUGCACCUGCCCCCGCCCCCGCCCCCGCCCCGGGGAGAAGCAGCAGUCAGACCGCUGCUGGCCCGAACCAGGCCCAGGCGCCGGCCGCCGGCUCCCAUCAGCUCUCGGUGGGCCCAGGACACAGUUCCGCCGGCCCUAGCCCGCACACUCUGCGCCGAGCGGUUAAAAAACCUGCUCCCGCGCCCCCGAAACCAGGAAACGCGCCUCCCGGCCACCCCGGGGGCCAGAGUUCUCCGGGAACAUCUCAGCACCCGCCCAGCCUGUCACCAAAGCCAGCCACUCGAAGCCCUUCUCCUCCCUCUCAGCCCGCCGGCCAGGCCCCGGGCCCGCCGAGCGCCACCCCGCAGCCCUGCGCGCCCCGGAGGUACUCCAGCAGCUUGCCCCCCAUACAAGCCCCCAGCCACCCGCCGCCACAGCCCCCGACGCAGGCAGCGCCGCCGGGGCUCGCCAAACCCUGCAGCCAGGGCCCGGCCGCCGAGUACGGACUGGAGCAGCCGCCGCACACCCCGCCGCACACCCCGACGCCCCCCAGUACCCCGCCUCUGGGAAAACAGCACCCCGGCCCGCCGGCUUCUCAGCCCCAGGCUGCGAGUAACCCCGAGACGGCGCAGCCCCACGCAGGAACCUUGCCGAGACCGAGACCAGUACCAAAGCCGAGGAACCGGCCCAGCGUGCCCCCGCCCCCACAUCCUCCCGGCGCCCACGCCACAGGGGACGGCGCCCUCGCCAACGCGGCUCCCACAGCCUCCAAAAUAGUGACGGACACCAGUUCUAGAGUUUCAGAGCCGCUUCGCAGCACCUUUCCCGACACGCAUUCAGACUCCGCAAGCAAAGACCUGCCUGGGCACAUUCUGUUGGACAUAGACAACGACACGGAAAGCACGGCCCUGUGAAGAAAGCCCCCCCGGCCCCGGCCCCCUCCGCCCUGGUGCGUGGAGCAGGGCAGGUGCCCACUUUCCUCUGCAGACCCAACAGUGAAGGGCGUUCAGUGAAGGGAGACAGAGGCCGGACAUGCCGGGCCUCGCCUUCCCCCAGCCCGAGAAGGUGGGGGCUGACACUUGAAGCCGAAUGACCUGUGUCUUGAGGAUGCUGGCUUUCUUUACACGGGAAAGAAAUCACGCCCAAAAACAUCUUUGAAAGAAGGAAAAACGGAAGAAGAAAAAGGAAAGAAGUAGCUAGACUGGAAGGAGCACGCCCGCCAAGACGUGGGUAGGAAGCCUUGUCGCUGCACCGCAUUAACUACUUAAUAAAAUGCGUUCAUUAUUCGAAUCGCCUACUUCCUGCUCCUUGGACUUCCACUCCCAUACCUGGGGAGGGAGGGCCCUCUCCUUCAGAAUCGCUGCAGAACCAUUUUGUAUGAAGUAUGGUCGGUGCUGCCCCAGCCCCCGAAAACCACGUGCACCGACGGUGACCGCUGGAUCCGUCACCUCAGCAAACUGGAUGUGACCUGUGCCUUGCUGGAUUGCAGAACGUAGAAAGAAACGUACUGUUCUGUUGUUUUUUUUUUUAAACAAUGUAAUUGCUACUUGAUAAGGACCGAACAAUAUUCUAGUUUCAUGUUUAAUUUGAAUUAAAUAUAUUCUGUGGUUUAUAUGAAAACUUUACCAUUCUUGGAAGCGAGAGCGUGGAUUGUGUGUGUGCGCGCGCAUGCAUGUCGUCUCUCACCCAGAUAGAAUUCGAAAGAGAUGUCGGGGUCUCACUGUGACUGUAGAAGCCUGAAGGAAUGGAGGGCAAGUCACUGCAAGGACACCAGCCCCCAGGUGCCCCGGAGACCUCCCGGACUGACUGUCCCUCAGCGAAAUGUUCUGCGGUCGGGCUCUUCCUUUGCAGUUACCGGUCCUGACUCCCUUCCCCAUCCAACCGGAGACACUGAAAACAGUCAGCCAGCCCCGCAGACCCAGUGCAGGAGUCCGAAGCCGCUCUUUCCCACCGGAAUUCCCUUUUCCAGCGGCUGGAAGGCACUGCUUUCCCGGGGUUGGAACACUCGGGAGGAACAGAUGGGGAAAUGGAGCAGCAAGAGGCAGACAGUCUGGGUGUCUGUUUGGAUGGCAGCCCCUCCCGGCGGCCCAGAGGUGGUGGGCUCCUCCUGGGGCUAGGGACGGACACACGCUGCCGGUGCUGGCUGCCUGGAACCGCUCCAUGGGUAGAGUUGGUUGCCACGCACAUCAGUGACCUGGGCCUUGCCUGGAAGACACUGGCCCUGUGACUUCACUUCGGCAGCACACACAGUUCCCCUGGCACGGUGCAGAGGACACCGGCCCCCUUCCAAGCUGACGCCUACCAGGUUCACUUGAAAAGGGCAAUCACUUUUUCCUCCCGACUCAGUUCCCUGUGCCCCCAAAGUGCUUCCUACACUUACUAAUUACACUGAAAUAGGUACCUAUUGAAGCACGUGGGUGGCUCAGCAGGUUAAGCGUCUCUUGGUUUCAGCACACACCAUGAUCUCAGUUUCAUGAGUUCCA